AUGGCUGAAGAAUCAUGGGAUACUGCCAAGGUCCCUCAGUUGGUGGAGGGUAACUAUAGGCUGUGGGCGAUGAAGAUGCAGGUGGAUGUAGAGGUGGAGGUGAAGGAGGGGGUCACACUGGAGGAGGCAUUGAGCAAGGUGCUGCAAAAGUGGAUAAAGGCCAAGAUGGCCAAGGCACAGGCAGAGAUCGUACUCUGGGUGGAGGAGGAUCAGCUGAAACUUCUGGAAGAAGAGAAGGACACUCAUGAGUGCUGGUUCAAGUUACGUGACACCUACAGGGCAAAGGGGUUCAUCACAGAGUUGGCCAAGUGGUGGGCAUUCUUAUUAUGUGCAGAUGCAGGAGAGGCGCUGAAAGAGGUCAAUGUCGAGGUUGAUGAAACCCAGAAAGUGUUGGUCCUGAUCAUGGGACUGAUGGACAAGUAUGGGGAAUGGACCUUCGACCAGAUCAGUGUGAAGAUCCUGCACGAGGAGACGAGGCAUGAUGGACCAGAUGGUGUGAGUGAGCUGGAGAUGGCAAGCUAUGUGAGAUCAGGGGGUGUCAAGUCAAAGAAGUGA